AGGCCCCGCCCCCGCGCGCCACGUGACCGCCGCGUCAGCUGACCGGGCGCGCGGGGAGGAGACGGGCGGGACCCGCUGUCUGGCGCGAUGAGGUUCCGGUUCUGUGGUGAUCUGGACUGUCCCGACUGGGUCCUGGCGGAGAUCAGCACGCUGGCCAAGAUUUCCUCCGUGAAGCUGAGGCUGCUGUGUAGCCAGGUGCUGAAGGAACUUCUGGGACAGGGGAUUGACUACGAGAAGAUCCUGAAGCUCACCGCUGACGCCAGGUUUGAGUCGGGCGAUGUCAAGGCCACGGUGGCAGUGCUGAGUUUCAUCCUCUCCAGUGCGGCCAAGCACAGUGUGGAUGGCGAGUCCUUGUCCAGUGAACUGCAGCAGCUGGGGCUUCCCAAAGAGCACGCGGCCAGCCUCUGUCGCUGUUAUGAGGAGAAACAAAGCCCCCUGCAGGAGCACCUGCGGGCCUGCAGCCUGCGAGUGAAUAGGCUGGCAGGCGUGGGCUGGCGGGUGGACUACACCCUGAGCUCCAGCCUGCUCCGGUCCGUGGAAGAGCCCAUGGUGCACCUGAGGCUGGAGGUGGUGGCUUCCUCGGGUGCCCCGGCCCAGCCUGUGGCCAUGUCCCUCUCGGCAGACAAGUUCCAGGUCCUCCUGGCAGAACUGAAGCAGGCUCAGACCCUGAUGAACAACCUGGGCUGAGGAGAAGGCCACCCUCCCCACUCCCCACGGCCGGCCCGGCUCCGGGACCCUGGAGGCCUGGCUUGCUGGGUUCCCCCCUGAGAACGCAGCAUAAGGAUUCCGGGGACUUCUCCACGUUGCCUUCCCUCCCCCACGAAAGGCACUUGUCAGCAGUUUUCACAAGCAGGAAGAAUAAACUAGUGUAAAGCAG